AUGGCCGCGCCGCCGGAUCCCCGAGACGAGCUGCUGCCGCUGGCCGGCCCCGGGUCCCAGUGGUUCGGGGACCGGGGAGAGGGGGAGGACGAAGCGGUGACGCCGAAAGGAGCCAAGCCCGAGACGCUGGCGGGGGAGCCCGGACCGGGGUUGGGCGCCGGGGUCGCCGAAGCUGCGCCGCGGGAACUGGGCUCGGGCCCCGCCCGGCCGCCGCCCGUUGCCAUGGAAACUGCAUCCACAGGUGCAUCGGAUGUCUCCAGGGCCACAGAUCAUACCUUUUCAACAGUGGCAAAGGAUGGGGAAGGAGUGUGCUAUACAUCUCUGAUUUCUGACAUCUAUUACCCACCUCGGGAGGAUGCUACGUAUUUCACUGGAAUUCUUCAGAAAGAAAACGGCCACAUCACUGCUUCAGAGAGCCCCGAGGAGUUGCGUUCCCCCGGACCCUCCUUACCAGAUGUGCCUGGGACAGAGCCUCGUGGCUUAUUUAGUUCUGAUUCUGGAAUAGAAAUGACUCCAGCAGAGUCAGCUGAAGUGAACAAGAUCUUAGCAGACCCCCUGGACCAGAUGAAAGCAGAAGCCUAUAAAUACAUUGACAUAACUAGGCCAGAGGAGGUGAAAUAUCAGGAGCAAUGUCACCCCAAGUUGGAAGAGAAAGACUUGGACUUUAAGAAUAAGGACACUGAAAUCUCAAUAAGGUCUGAAGAGACCCGUGAGGCUGAGAAACCAGUUCCUGUGGAGGGGAAAAUCCUCAAGGACCAUUUAUUUGAAGAAUCAACAUUUGCGCCAUAUGUAGAUGACAUCUCUGAAGAACAACGCAGUGCCCCUCUGAUUGCCGCCCCUGUCAAAAUCACGCUGACUGAGAUCGAGCCUUCUAUUGAAACCGCUACCCCAGAGAAAACCCCUGAGAAGCAAGAUAUCUGCCUGAAACCGAGUCCUGACACAGUCCCCACAGUCACUGUCUCAGAGCCUGAAGAUGACAGCCCAGGAUCUGUCACUCCUCCGUCUUCUGGAACAGAACCGUCUGCCGCAGAAUCCCAGGGGAAAUGCGGCAUCUCCGAGGAUGAGCUCAUCACCGCCAUUAAGGAAGCAAAGGGGUUAUCCUACGAGACGACGGAGAGCCCGCGGCCAGCGGGCCAGGGGGUCGACAGGCCCGAGGCCAAGGCCAGGUCUGGGCUGCCCGCCAUCCCCAGUCCCCUGGACCACGAGGCCAGCAGCGCGGAGUCGGGGGACUCGGAGAUCGAGCUGGUGUCCGAGGACCCGCUGGCCGCUGAGGACACGCUGCCCUCGGGUUACGUGACCUUUGGUCACGUGGGUGGCCCGCCGCCGUCGCCGGCCUCGCCGUCGAUCCAGUACAGCCUCCUGAGGGAGGAGCGUGAGGCCGAGCUGGACAGCGAGCUCAUCAUCGAGUCAUGCGACGCCUCCUCCGCCUCAGAGGAGAGCCCCAAACGGGAGCAGGACUCGCCACCGAUGAAGCCGGGUGCCCUGGACGCCAUCCGGGAGGAGCCGGGCGCCCGGGCCGAGGAGCGCACCCCCAGCCAGCGGGGCCUGGCAGAGCAGGAGCCCUUCCGCAGUUUCCCCUCAGCUGCCCCGCGAGCCAGCCCGGAGCUGCCCUCCGGAGACCUAGCCCCCACCCCCGAGGGGCCCACCGCGCCACGAACAACCGUGGAAGCAGCGAGUUCCGACCAAAGCUCCAAGGCCACAAAGGCCCCCGGGCUUCGGGGUCCCGGCGUCAUGCCCCCUCUGCUGUUUCUCAAUAAGCAAAAAGCUAUUGACCUGCUGUACUGGAGGGACAUCAAGCAGACGGGGAUAGUGUUUGGAAGCUGCCUGCUGCUACUCUUCUCCCUGACCCAGUUCAGCGUUGUGAGCGUCGUGGCCUACCUGGCUCUCGCCGCGCUCUCAGCCACCAUCAGCUUUCGCAUCUACAAGUCGGUUUUGCAAGCUGUGCAGAAGACCGACGAGGGUCACCCUUUCAAGGCCUACCUGGAGCUCGAGAUCACCCUGUCUCAGGAGCAGAUUCAGAAGUACACAGACUGCCUGCAGUUCUACGUGAACAACACGCUCAAAGAACUGAGGAGGCUCUUCCUUGUCCAGGACCUGGUGGAUUCCUUAAAAUUUGCAGUCCUGAUGUGGCUCCUGACUUACGUUGGCGCUCUCUUCAAUGGCCUGACCCUGCUGCUCAUGGCUGUGGUUUCAAUGUUUACUCUACCUGUAGUGUAUGUUAAGCACCAGGCACAGAUUGACCAAUAUCUGGGACUUGUGAGGACUCACAUAAAUGCUGUUGUGGCAAAGAUUCAGGCUAAAAUCCCAGGCGCCAAAAGGCACGCUGAGUAA